AACUAAGGGCUCCCCACGGGGUUCCCCUGAAGGACCCCCGCAGCCCACGAGGGGGGCCGCGCCGGGGUCGCGCUCCGGCCGUUCACUCCUCGGAGGGGCGGAGUUACCGGAGAGCGGAGCAGGGUCAUAACAAAAUGUGUGUCCCCGACGGAAGCAGCGCUCUUGCCGUCCCGAGUAUCACUGCGAGGGGCACGUCAAUGGACUGUGAGACGAGCUCGCGGCAGUGACUGACAGCCGCUCCCGCACCGCCCGAACCGACGCAGACGAUGGACGGAACCUUCCCCCGGGCCGUUCUCUUGUCAGCGGUCCUGCUCGGCGCCUGCCCGGUGCUGCCCUCCCCCUCCUCCCCCUCCUCCUCCUCCUCCUCCGCCGCCGUGCUGCAGCCCUACGACCUCCUGUACGACGCCGCGGUGCAGGCGUUCUACAGCGGCGACUACGCCGACGUGGUGCGCUACAUGGAGGGAGCGCUCGGCAGCUACAGGGACGCGCGGCGCACCAGGGUCCGCUGCCGCCUGCGGUGCCAGGACCAGCAUCCGUGGGACGGCGCCUUCUCGGACCUGCGCUUCUUCGACGCGGUGCUGCGCAGGGCGGCGUGCAUGGACACGUGCAUCGAGGAGGAGCUCGGCGCGCAGUCCGUGCACAAAGUCAGCGAGGACGUGCUGCAGGACUUCCACAGGAGGAUCCCCUACAACUACCUGCAGCUGGCCUAUCAGAAGUUGAAGCAGCCUGAGAAGGCAGCAGCGGCAGCUCACACCUAUUUCCAGGCCAAUCCAGAACAUGUGGAGAUGGGUCAGAACCUGGAGCAGUACAAAGACCUGCAGGGCGUCAAGGAGGACCACUUUGUAGACCGAGAAGCCCGGCCUCACCAGCGCUCAUUCACCGCAGCAGUGAGGCUGUAUGACAGUGGUGACUUUGAGGGAGCCAUCGCUCUGUUUGAGGAGGCUCUGGUGGAGUAUUAUAAAGCAGACGUGGAGUGUCGGGCCCUGUGCCAGGGACCGCAGAAGUUCGAGGGCCACGAUCACCUCCGCUACCGCUACAGCCUCCAUGAACUCAUAUCAGAUCACUUCACCCAGGUGCUGCACUGUGAACAUGAGUGUGUCAGAGAUCUGGCCACUCGGCCAGGCCGCCUCUCACCCAUGGAGAACUACCUGCCUCUGCACUACGACUACCUUCAGUUUGCCUACUUCCAGGUGGACAGGCUGGAGGAGGGGAUGCAGUGUGCUCUGGCCUACCUUUUGUUCCACGAGGGAGAGGAGUUCAUGACAGAGAAUGUGGAUUACUACCGAGAGGUGCUGGGACAUGACGGCAAACCACGAGAGAAAGCUGCGUGGUACCUGAGGAGGCACAAACAGGAACUGGAGCUGCUUCUGAUUGGCAGCCAAACCAUGGGUGUGGGGUUUACUGAAGGGAAUUACUGGAGCAGCACUGGCGGAAGAGACGACUCAAACAGGAUUCCCUCCGGCACCGACGGCUGGAUGGAGUACGUUCCCAUCUCAGAGAAGAGGAACGUCACCGUCGUUGUUCCGCAGCAACUCAAAGAAGGGGGCCCCUUGGUCUACGACAGUGUGCAGCUGGUGCAGAACUCUGCGGCCUUGAACGGGACCCAGCGGGUGCUGCUGGAUCAUGUCAUAUCUGAGGAUGAGUGUGCCGAGCUCAGACACCUGGCACAUGCUGUCACCAUGGCAGGAGACGGUUACAGAGGGAAGAUGUCUCCACACACUCCCAAUGAGAAAUUUGAAGGAGCCACUGUGCUGAAAGCCCUGCAGUACGGCUACGAGGGCAGAGUGCCGAUGAAGAGCGCUCGCCUCUUCUACAAUAUCAGUGAGCGAGCGAGACACAUCACCGAGUCCUACUUCCUGCUCAACUCCACCCUGCACUUCUCCUACACACACCUUGUGUGUCGCACGGCCAUCACAGGCCAACAAGACCACAGGAAUGACCUGAGCCAUCCCAUCCAUGCUGACAACUGUCUGCUGGACCCCGAGGCCAAUGAAUGCUGGAAGGAACCACCAGCCUACACCUACAGAGACUACAGCGCACUGUUAUAUCUGAAUGGAGAUUUCGAAGGAGGGGAGUUCAUAUUCACAGAAAUGGACGCCAAAACAAUGACUGCAUCAGUGAAGCCAAAGUGCGGCCGGAUGGUGGGUUUCUCAUCCGGAGGGGAGAACCCACACGGCGUAAAGGCCAUCACCAGAGGGCAGAGGUGUGCUGUGGCCCUGUGGUUCACCCUGGAUCCGCUCUUCAGAGAACUGGAAAGACUACAGGCAGACGAGGUGAUCCAGUCACUGGACACACAGUCUGUGUGGGGUCAGGGCCUCAACAUCAACCCUAAAGAUGAACUGUAGAAGCAGAUCAAUUGCUUCCCCCUCACCCCCCAAAUCAAACCCUAUUAUAUAUUUUAACUAUUUAUUAAAUGACAUUUGGAUCAGAACAUUUCUAUUUUUGUACUGUUUGAAGUGCAAGAUCAAUAAUGUUUUUGUGUUGUCAGUCGAAUGUUGUUGGGUUUUUUUCUGUUUCUUUACAGACCAGUACUUGAGUUUACCUUUGGGAAUUGUCUGUCUUCCCAGUGACAGCCUUGAGUUGAGAAAAACUCUGAUUCACUUUGUUUUGUUUUGUACCUGGCGAGUUUGCGAAGUUUCUUGAUAAGACUGCUCAUACCUGUAGUCUCACUGAACUGUGAAGUGAAGAAGCCAAAGAGAAAAACGGUGGUCAACCUUUUUUCUGCUUUGGGUUGUGCUUGCUCUUAUUCUCUACAUCGAAUUCAGUGGGUUUUGUUCAAAAACACUAUGUACAGUUAUUGAAAAAUACCUUAAUUUCAGUGGUCAGCAGUUCAACAUUAUGUUAGAUUUCAUUUUUACUUAUGGUAUGGUUACGUAGGUUCUUUGGGGCGGUUUCGGCGCCAGUAGUAAUUGUUUUCAAACUAGACAGUGCACUGUUAUUUUUUAUUGUGUCUAUCUAAAUCUCAAAUAGCACUCAUUCAUAGAAAAAAAAUUAACAAAGAGAUAUUUUAAUAUGCUGAAUAUUUAAAGAUCAUGCACUCUGCCCUACUGAAAAUGUCGUCUGUACUACUUUGUCCACUUCUCCUCUUGUUGUGAUAAAUCACUCCCCUCCUUUCUGGGCACAAGAUACAGGUUAACAUGUCCACUGACAUGAGGACAUUGUGUGUUUGUUUGUUUGUUUGUUUGUUUGUGUGUGUGUGUGUAUUUGUGCGUUUAUGUUUUACUUUUAUUUAUGUGUUUUCAUUCAUAGAUGGCUGCUGUUGUAACUGUCUACAUUCAAUAUGAGGAACUUUUUUUUCUUAAAAGUUGUCAAUCAUUCCUGUUUCAAGGAAUACAUAUCUGUACGGCCUUUUAUGUCUCCAUAUCUGUGUUGAUGAGACAGAUGAUAGGCCGAGUCGUGCACUGUAAAUCCAGUGGAGAGAAAAAUAUAAAAGAGUAGCUUUGUUUUUCUAAAUAGAUUUCAACUGCUAACCGGAAACUUAAUCCUCUUGUUUUAUGAGGUUGGCAACUUUUGUUUCAUUGAUUUUUUUUUAUUUUGAAAUGUUGUGGCACACAUAAAUGUAUGUCCACGCCUAUAGAUUAAAAAAUAAUAAUCCCAUCUAUA